AUGACUGGGCGAUCGAUAAGGGGUCAUUAUUUGCAGUUGAAACGACUCACCGUUGCCGAUCUACCGCGAAAUAUUCGUAAGUCGUCAACGUCAUCACGAUCGCUAUCGAUUGUAUCGAUGAGCAUGUGUGGCUCAGAGAUGUGCAUAGCAACGGAAACUGGUGGCAUAUGGAUCGCUUCGUUACCGGAUCUUCAUCUGAAGACAGUUCCCACUGUACCACAGGCCAUUCAGUCUGUGAUAUAUAUGGCACCGUUCAUUGCCAUAUCUGGUGAUGACGAAUCGACGACAUUAAUCAGUUGUGACGGCUUCCUCGUCGAUUCGUUUGCGAUAGCAGCUAAACAUCUCUGUAAACCUGAAGAUAAUCUCAUUGUAAUGGCCGACGGAACCAGGACAGUGAUAUACGAUGUAGCGAUCAGAAAGAUUGUGCUCGACGAGAAGCGACUGGGAAGAGCCGUAAACGUCUCACCACAGGGUGAUGUGGUUAUACUUUGUGAAGAAGAGCUGGUUACUUUAAGACUGGAGAAGUGCAACACUUAA